CCUUGGCGCGAGCUUUGUGGGUCUCGCUCUUGUCGAGAGCCGGCUGGAUGGCGGCGUCCUGGCAGCUGCGGUCCUCCGGGCGCUCAGGUGCAAAAUAUUCAAAGAACAGUUUAGGAAGAGCACAGUCCAUGAGGCAUAAAGCUGGUCAAAAGCACAAGCCUAAUGAUGUGUUUGACUUUCCUGAUAAUUCUGAUGUCUCAAGCAUUGGCAGACUGGGAGAAAAUGAUAAAGAUGAACCUUAUGAAACUUUUGAUCCUCCGUUACACAGCACUGCUAUCUAUACUGAUGAAGAACUCUCCACACACUGUGGGUCUUCUGUGCCUUCAACCCCUCAAGGAAAAGAAGAGGGAAAAAAUUCAAACUCUUCUGAAAAUGAAGCAAGUGGAAAUGAAUCUAUAAAAAUCAGUGCAAAAAAGCCAAGAAGAAAACUUCCACCUACUACUAGUAGUGAAUCUGAAAGCUCUGAAGAUGAUAUAAGGAGAAAAGUUCAGUCAGCAGAGAAAGUGAGCACUCAACAGCGGGAAGCUGGUGCAGCUGUGGCUCCUUUGGUGCACUCUGAGAAGCCAGCUGAACCUGUCACCCCAAAGAGGACAGGACCCCUCAGUGCCCAGUCCUCUGCUGAAAAAGAGACCCGGGCAACACAAACACAGCAGAAAACUCAGAGAACAGGGAAGUUGUCUCCUGGCAAAAGGAAGAAACCAAGAAGUAAAGCAACAGCCUCAGAUCCUUCUGAAAGUAUGCAUAUUUGGUGUCCAGAAGGAAAGAGAAUCAGCGACAUCAUGGACUUGGAUAUUGUUUUGUCUGUGUUUGAGAAAACCCUCCUGGAGUAUAGACAAAGAAUAGAAUCGAGAAGUUGUAAGGAAGCCAUCAACAAAUUUUUUUUUAAUAUUAAAGGGGAACUCAUCAGAAUGCUUACAGAAGUCCAGAUGUUGAAAACUCUGAAACGGAAGAAUACUAAGAUCAUUUCUGACAUGGAAAAGAAAAGGCAGCGUUUAAUUGAAGUCCAGGAUGAACUGCUUCGGUUAGAGCCAGAGCUGAAACAACUACAAACAAAAUAUGAAGAUCUUAAGGAGAGAAAGUCAUCUCUUAAGAAUUCAGUGCAUUUCUUAUCUAAUUUAAAACAGCUUUAUCAAGAUUAUUCUGAUGUUCAGGAAAAAGAACCAAACUUAAAGGAAACAUAUGAUUCAACCAGCCUUCCAGCUCUAUUGUUUAAAGCAAGAACCAUUUUGGGAGCCGAAAACCAUCUGCAGAAUAUCAACUGUCAGUUAGGGAAGCUCCUUGGCCAGAAAUGAGAAGCCCAGUCUGCUGAGUCCCAUGCUACUGUUACCUACUGAAACUGCACUUCUGUGAAUAAAACUUCUGUUUGCCUAGUCA